GGUAGAGGGAGACGCUAUAUAAGCCGCCCAAGGACGUGCUCUUGCCACUCAUCACCCUUAGCGAUCCUGUAACCUUCUCUUCUACGACCUGCAACAAUGGCCGCCAUCCACGCCUCCCGCAAGACCACAAGAUCUGAAGGUCCGGCCACCAUCAUGGCCAUCGGCACCGCCAAUCCCCCCAACCUCUACGAGCAGAGCUCUUACGCGGACUUCUACUUCCGGGUGACCAACUCGGAGCACAUGCAGGAGCUCAAGCAGAAGUUCCAGCGUAUCUGUGACAGGACCAUGAUCAAGAGGCGUUACAUGCUGCUCACGGAGGAGAUCCUCAGAGAGAAACCAGGGAUGUGCUCUUAUAUGGGGACCUCCUUCGACGAGCGGCAGGACAUCGUGGUGGAAGAGGUGCCGAGGCUCGCCAAGGAAGCCGCCGCCAAGGCCAUCAAAGAGUGGGGCCGCGACAAGUCGGAGAUCACCCACUUGCUCUUCUGCUCCACUAGCGGCAUCGACAUGCCCGGCGCCGACUACCGCCUCAUCAAGCUCCUCGGCCUCCCGCUGACUGUCAACCGCAUCAUGCUCUACAGCCAGGCCUGCCACAUGGGUGCUCAGAUGCUUCGCAUCGCCAAGGACAUCGCGGAGAACAACAGGGACGCCCGCGUGCUCCUGGUCGCCUGCGAGGUCAACACCCUCAUCUUCCGAGGACCGGACGAGCGCGACAUCCAGAGCCUGGCAGGCCAGGUCGCGUUUGCCGACGGAGCAGCAGCGGUCAUCGUCGGCGCGGAUCCAAUACAAGGCGUCGAGAAGCCCAUCUUCGAGAUCAUGUCUGCUGCGGAAGUGACGGUGCCGGAGAGCGACAUGGCCGUGGGAGGGCAACUCAAGCAGGUCGGCCUCACCUUCCAUUUCAUGCGCCAGCUUCCCAUGCUCAUCGCCAACAACCUAGAGAACUGCCUCCAAGAGGCAUUCAAGCCCCUGGGCAUCACUGACUGGAACGAGGUCUUCUGGGUUUCGCACCCGGGGAACUGGGGGAUCAUGGACGCCAUCGAGGCCAAGCUGGCGCUCCAGAAGGGGAAGCUCCGCUCCUCGAGACAUGUGUUCAGCGAGUACGGGAACAUGAUGGGCGCCACCGUUCUCUUCGUCAUGGACGACGUCAGGAAGCGGUCGACGGUCGAGGAGCGGACAACCACCGGCGACGGGCUCGAGUGGGGAUUCCUCUGCGCCUUUGGACCUGGGCUGUCCAUUGAGACUCUGGUGCUCCACAGUGUACCGCUCUAGGGUUCUUAGCCGCAAAAGAGAGAGAGAAAAAGAUCCAACAUUACCUAAAAUUAUUAAUCCUCGUUCUAUAUAGUUUUGCUUUUUUAUUUCUAAGCCUGCAAGAAAAUAAUGUAAAUUAUAUCUGAUAUAUAUGAACUACAAUAUUCUAUUGGAUA